UAUAACUCCAACUGUUUGCUUAUUUUUGCAAGCCAAAUAUCAAUAUUUAGCCAACUGUAAAUCUGAUCCCCUCCCUCUCCUAUUUUGCCCCCCACCCCCUUUCUCCGGAGUCACUCCUUAUGCAAAUCACGCCUUCCUCUCUCUCUCUCCUUUUCAUCCCUCUCUCCAUUGCCUUUCACAGUCAGACAGAGGUAUAUAUAGAUAUAUAAAAAGUCGUCUUGGAGGAAGAAGGGGGUAGGUGGGAAAGAGGAGGGGGCCCAAAGCAAAAAAAAAAAAAGGGGGUGGGGAAGAGGCGAGUGCACAUACGCAUCAAUUUGUACAGUUCAGUUUUUUCCACGCCACUACGAAAGAAGAUUUCAGCCGCAUUGUUGCUAUUGCCCGCUUGCCGCUGCUUUUUUUGUGGAUGUGCAACAUGAGGCGUUGCGAGAAAAGGCGACAGAAAGGAGGGCGAGGAAGGGAAAAGGGGGAGUGAGAGGAGCAGCGGCAGCAGCAGCACGCAUCGCUGGAUAUUAAAGGUUUUCCCUGUGGGGACGAAGCCAAAGAAGUAACUGCUUUACUCCGAACAAUGAUUUGUGUAGUGAAAUGGACAAUAUAAAGAAGAAAUCAUGAAAACUCGGACUCACAAAGAAUCGAUGCCCAUGCGUAGUGGGCGACGGCGGGGGGCAAGCGAAGAGAGGAGGGGUCGACGCCCGCACGCCAGUCCUAGUCGUCCAGAGCGCAAUGACAGACAGACGCCAAGAGGUGGCGGUGAGGAACUGGCUGGGAACCGCUUCAGUCGCAGAUCACAAGGCCAUGAUUCAUCAGAGAGUGAAGGGGAGGAACUUGUAUCUCCUGCAAAAAGGCAGAAAGUUCAGGAUUCGGCAGCCACCCCGAACCCUCCAACAUCAACACACAGCGCUGACAGCUUGGCUCCCUCUGCUGUCCCGCCUUCCACCUCAGUCGCCAGCCAAUCGCGUGAGAGUGACAAUGAGGACGGCCAAUCCCAGGGCAGCAGGAGUUCAGUCGUGGGGAGCCUGGCGAAUAGCAGCAGCAGCUUGAGCAGCGGGCGGGACAUCGACCAGGACAAUCGUUCCUCAUCCCCGAGUCUCUCGGCUUCCCCCCUGGGUAGCCUCGACUCAGACUCUGAGGGCCCAGACUCACCAAAGCAAGGAGAGAGGGAACGGGAGAAAAGCAAAGAUGGUGGAGUGGGAAGUGUGUCCGUAGAGGACAGGAGAGCGCUACGGGACCGGAGAGGGGAGGAUUCCUGCGGGGACGAACAAAAGACAGAUACAGAAGCAAGAAUUGAGGAUCUUGCACUAAAGCCUAUCCAUCCUUGCCCCUCCUCUGGUCUCAAUUCCUCGGUCCGUGGCACUGGGGAUUCUUCUUCAAAUGACAGCACUAGUGGGAGGAAGUCAUAUUUCUCUUUGGACUCAAAACUGAUGUGUAAAGUGGAGUAUGGCGGAUCAACAGGCACUGAUGUGGUGCCUAGUGGCAAUAGAAUUAAUUCCAAAGCCAACACACAAUGUGUGACAAAGACAUCUGCUGCGGCUGGAGAUUUUUCUCAUAACAGCCCUGGCAUUCCCCACUCCUUACCCCCACCCCUUCCUCCCCCACCUGCUCUAAAACCACUGGAGAUUGGAGGACAAACUCUUCCUGCUGAGGUUAAAAUAGAAAGAGACAAAAUGGACAAGGCAGAUAAGCACCUGGACAAGGCCCAGCCCACACCUCCUUCUCUCCUGCAGACUGGGCCACAUCCACAAUCCCAAUCACAACCCCAAACUCAAACCAACAGCCACACCCAUCAUUACAGCUCUCCAACCUGGCAAGGUGGCACAGCAACUGGUUGCCAGGGGAAUUGGGGCUACACCCGUUACCCUGGCAACCAUCACCCACACCAGCAUCAGCCCCCGGUGCAGCAGCAGCAACUUCCCUCUGUUUACAACCCUCCUUCCUCCCGACACUCUUCUUACCUCCCCCACCCACAUGCUCACCCCCACAGGGAGUACCUUCCCAGGUAUGCUGGAGGGGAGAGAGAGAGGGGAGCUGGAGGAGAGAGGGAGAGGGGAGCGAGGGGUGAAUGUUUAGGGAGAGAGCUCAACAGGGACUUCUCUGCUCCAAUAGGUAACAACAGCAACACUAGUAGUGGAGGUAAUAGCAGUGGCACAAAUAGCAUUCAAGGCAGGGAGUUUUCAAGUCUUUCAGUAGGCCAAAACCGCGAGUUUCAAGGCUCUGGAAGAGAUGGACCUUCUAAUAUUGGCCCUGAUAGAAAAGACUUUCUCCCAGCUUUCCGUGACAGAGAGCCAGACAGGGAACGUGAUGCAGGAAGAGAGUUCUCUAUGUCCAACCAAAACCAGGGUAGAGACUUUGGCCCCAACGGAGCUGGAGGGGGGCAUCCCAGAGACAAAGACAGAGGCAGAUGGGGUGAGUUUGGAAGCCAAACAAGAGAGGUUGGAGGAAACUGUAACCCAAACAACAACUCAAUCACUCAAGGAAACCAUCCAAGUUCAAAUAGUGGACUACCUGCGAACCCUAUGCUGAACCGUGAUCCACCGGCAUCACCCCAAAACAACAAUACCCACCCUUCGCAUUCUUCCCUGCCCCCACAUCCACACUCCACAAACUUAGCCAGUCGGGAGUUUCCUCCUCCCAUGGACCAGGCACAAACCCCUUCCUCUGCUGCUGACCCUUUUCACAGAGAGUAUCCUCCCACUGGUGGGAAAGACUUCAAUGCAGGGGGACCUCCCUCCGCUGGAACGAAUAGAGAUUAUCUCAGCCCACCUGCCGUUACUUCUAAUCUAGUAAGAGAGUUUUCAGGGCCUGGUGGAAUCCAAACUCCUCACCCUUCUCAUCCCCACUACCAGUCUGGCCCAAGAGACAGAGAGAGAGAGACAAACCUGCGUGAGUCUGCUCUAUACCAAAACCGUGGCGGUCCAAACCAACCUCCUACUCUUUCUCCAACCUCUUCAAACAGUCACGGACACCCUCCAAAUGCUGCCUAUCCUGGCCAACCACCUCAACCUCCUUUGCCCUCAUCCCAAUCUUCACAUGCCCAGCAACUCCCACCAGGUAUGACACCAAAUGUUCGCUCCCAACUUUACCAGUCUUCUGACCAAACUCCUCCAACACAUGUAUCUCCACUACCCAGCCCAUCUACGAAUCAGAUAGCAGGCUUCUCAUCAUUUCCCCCUGGAUCCGCUUCUACACCCAACAUGGCACUUCCUGGGCCUGGUGUUUCAUCCAGUUGUUCACCUGGAUGCCGCCCUUCCCCUUUACACAGCACCUUGAACAGCCACCCAACCUUCAGUGGAACAUACCACUCCAAUGGCAGCAGUGGCAAUAGUAUAGCUAACAGCAAUAGCAACAGUGGCACACCCACUAACAGCAAUACCAACUCUCAAUCACCUCAGAAUAUCUCUAAGGGACCCCCACCGCUCACUAACAGCGUUACAACACCUGGUCCUAGUUUAUCGCAUCCCAGUGGGGAUGGCCAUUCAGAUUCGGGCCCGCCCACAACACCUGUCAUCAAAGAGGAGCCGCUAGAAGACAGGGAAGAGAGCGAAAGUCCACCGCCAGUUUUGAGGAGCCCAUCUCCUGAACCUAAGCCUGUAGACAUUCCCAUCCAUGCUAGCCAAUCAGCAAGGUUUCACAAAGUCCUUGAUCGAGGUAGCAGCAACUCCUGUGCCCGCAGCGACGUCCUCUUUGUUCCAUUGGACGGCUCCAAAUUAUGGAAGAAGAGGAAUGAGGUGAUAGAAAGAGCUCGGAGGGAGGUUGAGCAAAGGGCCAGAGACAUACGAGAAAAAGAGAGAGAACGUGAAAGGGAGCGGGAGCGUGAGAGGGAACUGGAUCGCCAUCUACAGCAACAAAAAGAUGCAAAUGCCAGUGCAGCAGCUCGCCAGGGGUCGACCCUGUUCUUCCCCUCUUCUUCCUCCAUAAUCCUUGAUCCUUCAUCGUCUUCCUCCUGCCCGGGCAACCCAGCCGCCCACCCUGCACAUCAUGUUCAGCAUCAUCCCUCACAUCCACAUGCUCACCUUCCUCCGACACACCACAUUCAUCCAAGCCUCUCUCACACAAUCCCCCACUCUCUUCUUCUUCCAUCCAUGGCUGGAGCAUCAGCAGUCGUUGGAGGCCAUCAGGGUGGUCUGGGAAUUGGCAUAGGAGGUCCUUACCUUGGUCCUGAUACCCCAGCUCUAAGAACACUUAGCGAGUAUGCUCGCCCUCAUGCCAUGUCUCCCCUGGGGGCAGCAGGUCGGGCCCAAGCACACCACCCUCAAAUUCAUCACGGUCAUCCUCACGUCCAUCCCUCAUUCUUUCUCCCACAAUUCCAGAAUCAUGCAAUUGGUCAUCCGCACCACCUACCUGCUGAUGCUGCAACAGCUGCAGCCAUCUUGGGCUUUUUGUAUGGUGGAAGUCUGGAAGGGGGCCCAGGAAUUGGGGGGCAUCCAGGGGUAGGAGGAGGACCGGUACCUGGAGGAAUCGGUUCUUCAGGGUUAGGGGGAGUUGGCUUUCCUCACGCAGUCGCUGCUCACCGGGAUCGCAUGAAGCCGGGAUUUGAAUUUAAGAGUGAUGAUCGCAUCUAUCCACCAGGGUCAAUUCAUGAUCCUGCAGCUCUUGCCCUUGCUCAUUCUCAUUCCCAUGCCAAUGCCCAUACCCAUGCACACGCACAUGCUCACUCCUUGCUCCUUGGGGGAGGUGGAGCAGGAGCUAAUGAGGUGUCACUCUAUUGCACUCCUCCUCCCCCAGCACCAUCCGGCCCACCGCACCUCCAGAACCCAACACUGGCCCCAGUAGCUCGACCUCCAAACCCGCCUGCCCCUCAGUCCUUGUCCAAUCCACCUCCUUCAUCGCUCUUACCACCUACGCACCCUUCUCACCCAUCAUCUGCACCUCCACUUGCUGCCCCACCCCCACCAGCCCCUGCUGCACCUCCACCAGCUCCCCCUCCUCCACCUGCUCCGCCAACCUCCAAUGCCACUUCAAUUCAUCAUCCAGUUCCCAAUUCUUCUUUUCCUAGUUCCCUGUCCUCUCAUCAACCCUCAGCCACAGCCCCUUCCACUGAGUCUUACCCGACUCCCACUCGGUCACCAGCCUCUUUUGAGCGGGAACGCCGCGGCGAACCAGAGAGGGAAAGAGAACGGGACAGAGCGACAUUGCCGGCGUUUGGGGACAGGGAGCGUGAGAGAGAGAGGGAAAGAGGAGGAAGUGGAGGAGGAGGAGGGGCAGGAGGAGGCAACACAAAUAGUGGAACGGGUGGAGGAAGUGGAGGAGAAAAUAUGGGUCGUGUCCAGAUGCUGAAUGUAACGCCCCACCAUCAUCAGCAUUCCCACAUCCACUCGCACCUUCACCUGCACCAACAAGACACAGCGGCGGGCGGGGUUCACCCCCUGAUGGACCCGCUGGCGUCAGGGUCUCCUUUGGCGCGGCUUCCUUACCCAGGAGCGACAAUAGGCACCCCCAUCCUGGCUCACCCCCUCACUGACAGCGAGGUGCUUCGCCAACAGCUGUUUGGUGAGGAGAAGACUCCUCGUCCAUGUGCUCCUUUCCGUGACAUGCCCCAGCCGUCCUCCCUCACUGGUCCCAUGUCGGCAGCCCAUCAGCUCCAGGCCAUGCAGCAGGCCCAGAGCGCAGAGCUGCAGAUCCAGAGACUGGCCCUGGAACAACAGUGGAUCCAUCACCAUCAUCACCACUCCCUCACCCAGGACGAGUACUACAGUCACCUGAAGAAAGAGAGUGACAAAACCCUGUGAGGGAGGGGCACGUAAGGAGUGGCGUGGAGGAAGAAAAAAAGGGAGAACGUGUGCAAACUUUCAACAAAACGAUGCAAGACAAAAGCACUAAAAAACUUUAAAGAGACAAAGACUGAAAACAAAGCUGGACGAAGGAGUGUAAUGCUCUGUCCCUGUGAAGUGCACCAUGUUCAAGUUCCAGACUCUUUUCCUGCAUUGUGAUCUUGAACUUCAGUCCUGUUUUGUAUUGUGCUCUGUACAGUAUAUGAAUUCGACGAAGGCGGCAACAGUGUGACUUACGGUUUGUGUAAAAUACUUGAGGCAAGAUGGAAUGUGUACAUGAGUCUUUUUAAUGUCAUUGCAUGUAGCUAUAGGAGCUUACUCGGAUCUGGUGGAACUUUUGGUUCUUCAUUUUAGUAAAAAAAAAAAAAAAAAAAACACA